AUGGGCUGCUCCAGUUCCAAGUCCGCCCCAACGAUAGACGACACUAAAGGCCCCGUGUCGGCCAAUUGCUUAUUACCGGUCUCUCUCUCUCUCUGUCUGACAGCUGCUUCGGAGGACUUUACCAUUCCGCUGGACACAGAACAGCAGCCGGAGAUGCCUCUCAAUGAGACCUUGAGACAGCCACCCAAGCGCAUUCAGCAGCUAAUGCAGGAGGCGGCCCAUUUGGAGCCGCCCACGCUCGAGGAGCUGGAGGACAAGCAGCAGAAGGCGGAGCAGAGGCGCCAGGAGUUGAUGCAACAGAAGCUGGACGCCAUCCAAAAGAAUGUUCAGAUACUGAUGCGAGGACAGAGCGAGGGAGACGGCCAUGGAGAGGCGAAUACAGAGUAAAACCCGAAUAUUUCCAACCAGCACUCUGCGUAGGAAAGGAAAGAUUUUGUCAGCCUGCUUUUCAUUCACAUGUUUUAUUGUUAGCUUUAAUUCAUAUAUGUAUUA